AUGAAUAAUGAUAAUGUUGGGAGAGAACCUAUAGAUGUUGUUUAUGAUAAAAGGUUUAGUAGUAACAUAAAACCAAGAACAAAAAAGAAGAAAAGGAAUGAGAAUAAAAUUCGAUUAUUUCGAAUACAACAUUAUAUUUAUAAUAUAUUUACAUCAUUUUUAUGUUUAUUUAUUGUCAUAUUAAUUCUUUAUGCAUCUAUAGAUAUAUCAAUAAAUUAUGGUCCAGUUAUAAUAUUAUAUAUCUUAAUAUUAGAAUUGGGUAGUAUGCUAAUAUCAUAUAUUUUAUUACAAUUUCCUUUUUUUUAUCGUAAAUUAAAGAAUACAUUUAUGAGAGCUCGUAAUAUUAAUAAAUAUUCACAUCAAUAUAGACCUCUCUAUUAUGAUAACAACUCAUUUAAUGAGGAAAAGGAAUCGUUUAAUAUUUCUGAUGAGGAAAAAAAUGGAAAAAGAAAAAGGAAACAUACGUAUUCUUUUCUGAGUUUUGAUAGAGGAGGAAAACGAAGUAGUUUGAGAAGAUUUCUUUCUUCAUAUAAAUCAAGAAAUGACAAUGAAUUUGUAAAUAGUAAGACUAUGAAAAGUAAAAAUAAAACAAAAAGGAAAGGAUUGCUCAGUUUUAAUUGGAUAGGAUAUAAGAAUGAAGAGGCCGAUAAGAAUAAAAAUGAUAAUAAUUAUAAUAAAAAUGAUGAUAAUAAUAAAUAUAAUGAUAAUAAUAAUAAAAAUGAUAAUAAUUAUAAUGAUAAUAAUAAUAAAAAUGAUAAUAAUAAUAAAAAUGAUAAUAAUAAUAAAAAUGAUUAUAAUUAUAAUGAUAAUAACAAUUAUAGUGAUAGUAGUAAUAAUCAGCAGAGUAGAGAUAACGAAUGUGAUACAUUAAAGAGCCAUAGUGAAGAAGAUGAAAGAAGAAUAAAAAAAAGAAAGAAAAAGAAAAGAAAAGAUAAACGCAUAGUAGUGUUUCCAAGAAAUGAUAGUGAAGGUAAUAGUUUUAAAAGAGAAAGUAUUUAUAUAGAUGAUUGUAAUAUGUGGAUGAAAAAGACAAUGAGAAAAAGUAAUCGACCAAAUUUUAAAUUGACUAGAUCUCUUAGUUUCAAUAUUAAUAUGAAUAAAGAUGAUGAUUUAAUAAUGAAAGAUUCUGCUAGUUUAGAUAAUAUAAAGAUAUUUUUAGGACAUGAAUCUAGUAAAUUUUUAAGAGAAAAAAAUAAAUUACAGAAGAGGAAAACAUCAAUAUAUAAUAAAUAUGUGCCAUUAACAUUUGCGUCAUCAUAUAAAGAUGAUUUUUUUAAAGAGAUAUUAAAAUCUCAAACAGAUGGUAUAAUAUCUUGUAGUUCUGAAUAUUCUUCAUCUAGUGAUGAUUCUAAUAAGAAUAUGUUUAAAACAAUAUAUAUUAAUAAUAGUAAGAUGGAUAAGAAAGGUAAAGAGGAUAUGGAUGAAGACGAUGAUAUAGUUGUUGGAGAUAAUAUUGAUUCGAAUGAAAAUAUAAUAAUAAAAGAGAAUCGUUAUAGUAUGAGUAAUGCUAUAUUAUUUCAUAAAGAAAAGAGAAAAUAUAGAAAAAAGGAAAAAAAUAGUAUAUGUGAUGAAAAGAAGAGAAUAUCAUUUUUUUUUAAUGGAAAAAAAUUAAAAAAAAAAAAAAAAAAAAAAAGAUGUUUUAUAAAAUUAAAAUGUAUGAAUAAAAUAAAGAAUUUAUAUUAUUUUUUUAUAAAUUAUAAUAUGAAAUCAUCUAAAAGUUCGAAUAAUAUAUAUUUAUUUAUUCGUGGUUUUUAUAUAUAUACAAAGCAUCGAUUUGUUCAUUAUUUAUCUUAUGAGCCCAUAUGGAUUGUUGCUAUAUUAAUAAGAAUUGUUUUAUGGUGUAUUGUAUGGAUAUGGGCAGCAAGUUAUAUGGAAAGAAAACCAAAAAAUUUUGAGAUAACAGAAUGGAAUAUGAAAAAUGUACCAUCAUUUUAUGGAUAUAUAGAAUGUACAUUUCAAUGGUGUGGUGUAUUUGAUUAUUUUUUUGGUUUAUAUUUUUCUAAUAAUAAAUUAAAAUAUAUAUUUUCUUUUUUUUCAUUGAUAGAUUUUAUAACAACACCAGUAUCAUCAUUAAUUAUGAAUUUCUUUGUACAGGAUAAUAUAAAUCAUAAUUAUUGGUUUCUAAUAUUAGGUCCCUUACGAUUUUUACGAUUAGUAAGAGCAGAGAGUACUAUCAGUUCAUGUUUUUUUUGGUUGAAUGAUGUAAAAAUAAUAAUAAUAGGAAUAAUAAUAUUAGCUUUAGCUAUAUUAUUUACAUUUUCUGGUAUAAUGUAUAUAUUAGAAGCACCAGAUAUAGAAAGAGAUUUUAUAAAACCAUUAGAUUUUGUAUACUUUGGUGUUAUUACUAUGUCUACUGUUGGAUAUGGUGAUUACACACCUGUAACAAAAGCUGGUAAAUUUUUAACAAUGUUUAUUAUAAUUACAUGUAUUAGUUUUGUUGCAGCUCAAUUUAAAAGAUUAAAAGAAGCUAUGUUUAGUCCUAAAACCGUUAUGGGUAUAAUACCAAAACAAGAUGAUGAUUAUAUAUUAAUAUUAGGACCGGUUAGUCCUACUCAAUUAUUAUAUAUAUGUAAAGGUAUAAAUAAUAGUUUUCCUAAUUCAGUUGAAUCUAUAUUUUUAUUUACACCACUACCUGUUGUUAUAUAUAGAUAUGUAUAUGGUAGUAUUGUUAAAAAUACUAAUAUUAAAAUUUGUAUUAGUGGAGGUAAUGAAUGUUUUAUUUGUCCUAGUAUUAUAUAUGAUGCUGUCAUAAAUGCUAGAGCUUUAUAUAUUCUUAAUAAUGUAGAUUCAGAAAAAUAUACUUUAAUGUAUCAACAAAUUUUUUUAGCUAGUAAUAAUAUUAAUUUUAAUAAUCAUGAUCAUCAAAAUCAAAGAAUUAACUCUCAAGAUAUUUUACAUAAUAAUAUUAUAAAUAAACAUAAUAAAGACAAAUCAAAAAAUUGGAAAUUCUCUGAUCUAUUUUCAGAAUAUAAAAAUGAAAUUAAUAAAAAUAAUAUGUUAAAUCUUGAAAUGAAUAUUAAUAUCAAUAAUUCAUUUUCUAUCAAAGAAAAAGAUGAUCAAGAAUGUCUAUUAAGAUUUAUAGGAACUUAUAAUAUUUGUAAUUCUUUAAUACCUAUCACAUUACAAUUAUCUAAUAAUUCAUAUGAAGAAUUAAUUAAAUCAAUGAAUGUAUAUAAUUAUAUAAGUAUUGAAGAAUUAAAAUAUGCACUAAUAGCUAAAAGUGUUAAUUGUAAAGGAUUGUUCUUUCUUAUUAUCAACUUUUUUUAUAAGCCUAAAGCAGUCAAGAGUUUAAAAAAAUAUAUAAUUGAUUUGAAGUUGUUAAUGUAUAAUGGAAUGUUGAGAAGAAAAAACAGAGAAAGGUUAAGUAGUAGCAAUUUAAAAAUUAAACGCGCGUCACAACAAAGGAAAGGCAACCAAAACAUUUUAAGCAAAAUUAGUUUGUUUUUCAAAAAACAACAAAAGGUUCACCUUCUUACUCAACAAAUCAGUUAUGAGGACAAAAAUAAUAGUAAUACUAGCCGCACCAGGGGGAACAAUAGGAAUGAUAAUGUGGAUACACAAAUUAAAGCAAAAGGAUCCUUCCAAAUGGAUUCAAAGAAAAAAAAACAGGUCAUGCUUAAGGAGCGGAUGAACAAAGAUAUAAAUGAACAGAUAAACAAGGAGAUAUUCCAACGAACGAAUGAAAGACCUAACCAACUUAUCAAUGAAUCUUUAAACAAAGAUAUGAAUUCACAUAGAAAGGAUAAUAUUCAUGAGAACAAUAUUAAUGAACAUAUAGAAAAAAAUGAUCUCUUUUUUUUAAAUUCUUUAGAUCCAAAUGAUGAUGCAAAUUUUCAUAAUCUUAGUUAUAAGAAUUAUUAUUACAUGUUAGAAAAGGUUAACUUAAAUAUGUAUUAUUAUUUAGAAGGAUUGAAAUAUAAUAUAUAUAGAUUUCAAUUUCCUGAAUGUAUGAGAGGUUUUCUUUUUCAAACAGCUUCUGAAUAUUUAUAUCAGAAAUAUAGUGCUUUUCUUAUUGGUAUUAUAACAAUAAAUAAAGAAAUAUUCUUAAAUCCAGUUAAUUAUAUUAUAGGAGAAGAAAAUAAAUAUUUUUAUACUUCUGCAUUUUCUGGUAUUAUUUUAACAACCAGUUUAGAUAGUUUAAUAAAAUUAUCUUCUAUAAAUAAUAUAUCAAAAAAGGUUUAUGAAUAUAAUAAAAGAUUAAUUGACGAAAAAUAUAAAUCUACUUUUUCAAAAAAUUGGAUUCAUUCUGAUCAGGAUUAUAGUAGUGAUCAUAAUCAUUUUGUCGAAAACACACAAAUAAAAGAAACUCAGAUAAAUGGGGAUGAAGUUAAAAUUGUUUUGACGAGUCAUGAUGAUUCUCAACAUCCAUCAGAUCCUUCCAUUAACCUUCGAAAGAACAGUAUGAGGAGUAUAUACAAUAAAAAGAAAAGUGAACAUUGUGAAGAAAAAAAUAAAAUUAUGGACCACAAAAAUAUAAAUGAUGAUAGUACAUCACAUCAGGUUGAUGAUAGUACAUCAUAUCAGGUUGAUGAUAGUACAUCACAUAAGGUUGAUGAUAGUACAUCACAUAAGGUUGAUGAUAGUAGUGAUUCUGAUAAUCAACGAAUAGAAAGUGUAUCAAAAAAGAAAAAAAAUAUUUAUUAUAAUCUAGUGUUGGGUAUAUGCGAACUGGAGAAUUACAUAUCAGCAUAUAAAGAUGCAUUUGUUGAUAAGGAUAAGCCAUUAUUACUAGUAUGUGGGUGGCCAGAUAAUAUCCACAUGUUUUUUAAAUAUUUGAAGAGAAAUGUAUAUAAUUCAUCCUAUAUGAAUAAAAAUAACAGUAACAUUGACCCUUACAAUAAUAAUAAUAAUAAUAGGAAUAAUAAUAUAUAUAGUAAUAAUAUCAUAAGAAAGGAAAAAAGGAAAAGAAAAAAAAUGAAAAAGUUAAAUGAUGAUAUAAAAUAUAAUAUUAUCAUUUUAUCAUUACAUGUCCCAAAAUUUAAUUACGAAAAUGAUCUUUUUAAUUAUUCAGAAAAUGUGGUAUUCAUAAGAGGUUCCCCUUUAAAUAGCUAUAAUUUAAUACAAGCUGGUGUUUUUUAUGCAAAGAGAAUUAUUAUAUUAAAUUCAAACCAUAGUUUAUUUAUUGAUAAAGAUGCAUAUAGAAUAGAUAAUGAAGUAAUAAUUAUUAAAAAUAUUGUAAAUCAAUUAUUUAAUUAUAUAUCUAAAAAUAAAGAAAAUUACUUUAAUUUGUUAAGGAAGACGUUUUCAAAGGAAUAUAUCGACUUAACUAUAAAUGAAGAAAUAUUUUUAAACGACAAUAUUAAUAACAGUCCAAAUAUAAAUGAAAUGAUAAAGGUUAAAAUGUCAGAUUCGAGUUAUGAUUCUCUUGAUGAUAAUUAUUCAUCAGAUGAUAAUUCAUCAGAUGAUAAUUCAUCAGAUGAUAAUUCAUCAGAUGAGGAUUCAUCGUCUUCUUCUUCUAAUGAUGAUCAUAAUGAUCAUGGUGAUGACAAUGAAGGAGAUAGCUUAUUGUUAAAACAGAAAAAAGAAAAGAAAAAAAAAAAGAUUAAUAAGUUAAAGAAAAGAUCACUAAAUUUUAAUAACAUAUUUAAUAUCAAUAAAAACCCAUACAUAAUUUGUUUAAUUAAAAAUUCAGAAAGUCUUGAAUAUAUUGAUGGAAGUAUAAAUUUAUCUUACGAAAAUUAUAACGAUAAUGAGAAAAUGAAUAAAAUAUGGGAAAAUUGUGGUGAAUAUAUAUAUACCUUUGAAUUAGUAUCAGCAAAUAUUUUUGUUCAUGAAAUGUUACAUAAUUUAGUUUCCUUUUCAUUACCAAUUAGUAAAUAUGCAAUUGAAUAUUCAGUUAUUUAUUCUUUAAUAGGUAUUGAUAUAAAUGAAUAUUCAAAAAAUGCACAAAAAUUUCAUAAAAAUUUAAAUCUUAGUACAGGAUAUGUUAAUUUAGUUCCUAUCCCUUCCUAUUUUUAUAAAAAAAGCUUCUAUAAAUGCUUUUCAUACUUUUUACAUAAUAAAUUAUCCUUAUGUAUUGGAAUAUUAAGAUAUAUUGACAUUUCAUCCUUGUCCAAUAAAUCCAAAAAGUUGUUCGUUUUAUCCUGCCCAUCCAGGACAAUGAAGAUUGAACCGCAUGACCAAGCUUAUGUUAUUGCACACAGAAUGUAA